AUGUCAUCUAAUACAUUAAAAUGUCAUGGAGGAUUGAAAACACUCACAGAUAAAAUGUCUUCUACCAAAAUCACUUUCAUUAGUUUGAUUGACCCACAGGAUGGACCGCUAAUAGUGUUUCCAACACUCCCAACUGUGGAAAAUGAGCUUAAAUCAAACGUAAUGACAAAUACAUCAUUGGACUGGUUUCAAAGUGACUUGUAUAAUGCUAUGGGCGUACCUGGAAUGAAGGAUAUCAAGCAAUUAUUUGAACUUGAAGGCUGGAAGGUUUAUGGACAACUCGUUAAACAAACAGGAAUGAAGUUUGUGCUUGGUUUUGACGCUGAUGUACAGGAUGAUGAAGUAAUAGCGUGGUUUGAAAAGAUAAGAAAGUUAACGGUUAAGUGCAGGUGUAAUCCGUUUGUUAACAGUCAGGAUAACUUGGUCGAUGUUUUAAAAAAAACAUUCAAGAGAGAAUUUGGUCAUGAUAGUAAUAGUAAAGAAGGUAGUGUCUAA